AUGAUGAAAUCUCUAGCUUGCUGUAAUGAUACUUACAGUCUCCUGUCUCUCUUCGAUAAGUUAAAGAAGUUAAGAAAUGAUUACGUCCUUUCUGAUACAAAAGAUGCACGGAUCUCCGUUAUUAAAAACUAUAUUUAUUGGUUUUAUUACGUUAUUCAGAGACAUGCAAAUGAUGAUAUAAUUAAUUACAUUUUAUUAAACAAUUUGGAAGAAAUCAAGCCCAAAGAGAUUAGUACAACUGCAGCAAUAAUUAAUAUUAUAAAUUAUACAUAUUCUGGUAAAUUACUCUGUGAGAUGCAGAAAUGGAUACGUAAGAAUCUUACUAAUUCAUUACUUCAGAAUACUGAAUAUAAAAUAAAAAUGCGUCUCAAGAAACUUUCUGUAACUAUUGUAGAUGAUGAAUGUAAGAUGAUCCUGCUUUAGUCUUUAAUGGAUUAUAUAAGAGAAGAUUGCAUUAAAUUUAUGCUGCUUUGUGUACCAUUUCGAUAUUACUGCCAGUGCAAAAA